UAGAACUGACGAAAAGAAAGUAUAAGAAUUUAUAGACAUUGACUUUGAUUAGUUGCACGAAGUUAUUUUGGGAACGAAUCACCUUGAAGCAACGCUACCUACGUAAAGUGGAAGAAUCUAUCUCUCUCUGAUCUACAAUAAACUCCAAUUACUUAGUAUUUUUUCGCCGAACUAUACCAGUAAAUGUGAUUGUCUAUUGCCAAAUCCAACGUAUUCUAUUGAGAGCUCAAUAUUUUACACCGUUCGUUUGUUAAUCAUUUUCUGAGUUUAUAGAAAUUAUUCUGAAAUUGUGUAUUUACUUGGUACUUUUUUAACGUAAGUAAUAGAAUCAAUAAAUCUUUUAUCGAAAUGUACGUAAAGUCAUAACCUUAUUUCCUAAAAACGUUGUCACUGUACGUCCGCCAUUGUUACGAUCGGUUUAUCAUCAACUCAAGGCGGGAAAUUUCAACAUGAAGAUUAAUGACCUUGGAAGAUAGAACGUUUGGGAUCAGGAAAUAUAAAAGAAGAGAAUCAAAGUAAGUAGAGAGAAGAGAAGACGAAGUCGGCUUCCUCGUGGGUCGAUCGUGCCGUUGAAAAAGCAAUAAGGAGAAGGGAGAAUAAGAAAGAGAGAGAGAGAGAGAGAGAGAGAAAGAAAGAGGGAGAAAGAGAGAGAAAGGGGAAGAAGAAAGGAAAGAAGAAGAGAGUGGGAGGGAAAGAAAAGGAUAGAAAAAGAGGAAAGGCGCCGUCCUCCUAGUGGUCGUCCGGCGAACGUCUUCGUGCUUUUUAAGACGCGGCCGGUGGCCGGUCAAUAGUUUCCCGGUUUCUCUCUUUCUCUCUCUAUCUUUCUCACUUCUGUGUGUGUCUCUCUCACUCUCUCUCUCUCCCUCUCUCUCUCUCUCUCUCUUACUCUCUUCGGUCGUACACCUGUCCGUCGUGAAGUUGCAGACGGAGAGGUAGGAAGGGGUUAUGGUCAAUAAACGCAACCACGUCACACGCAGCCUAUCGGCGACCCUGCUUGGCCCCUUAAAGUGGCCCCGAACGAAAAUCUUACAUGUCGACCCGAUAUUUCCUUUUGUGCGUUUGUCUGCAGAAUAUCUUGAGAAAAGUUCGAUCGAUUUUCAUUUGGCCGAUAUCGACGGAUUCCGUGUGUCCCGAGGAUUGUACGAUUGUGAAACAAGACACGUGCGCGUGCCGGUAUUAACAAACGGUGGGUUGUUCGUACGUGUACGUGGAUUUACCGAAUUGCGUCCGCCAUUGUUGUGAUUGGUGGUGAACGUUCCAGAGAAGACGGCAUUUCUUAACUUCGGACGCGCAUGCGCAUUAUCGCGACAAACCCGACGACGCUCUUCUUUCGAAUUUUCGGAGACGCGACGCACACACACAUACGUUCGCGAGGCAACAUAUACACACGACGCACGCACGCUACUACCACGCCAUUAUUACUAUCCUACUAAACGCAUACAAACGUGUGUCGGUGCGCGCGCGCCCGCCCGAGCAUUUCGAAAAUCUCAUUUACCGAUGCUUUUUUACGCACGUGCUUGCAACCCUGAUUUUACACCUGUCGCUUGCGUUCGCACGCGCCCGCGCAUUUCGUUUGACGCACUUUUACAAUUAUACAUUUAAAAACGCCGGCUUGUCUUUUACUUCUUUUUUUUUUGUUUCUUUUUCUUUCUUUCUUCUCUUUCUUUCUCUCUCUCUCUCUCUCUCUCUCUUUCUUUCUUUCUUUCUUUCUUUCUCUCUCGCUCUGUCUCUUUUUUUACGUUUCUACAAGAAGGAAUCUACGCUUACCCAUUUUCUUAAAGGAUCGCUGGCGUUCAUAAUGAAAAAUAUCAUAUUCAGAGAUAAUAUACUUCUGUCUUAUUGGACAUAAAAGUGUCUAAAACAGUCUGGAGUAUAGUGAGGAAUAGAAAGAAGCUACACAGUGGAAUUGGCUGGACGUGUAUGCCCAGCAUAUAUUUUGCUAGGAUUUGUUUUUUUAAAUUUUGUAAAGAUGACAGUUUAUAUUAAUAAUGAUGUUUGUUACUCGCAUAAUUACGUGUUAUGCCCAAGGCAAAGAAGAAAUCUUACCUUAGAAAGGUAAGGGAAAUGCGAGAGUAUAGACGACAAAAACUAAUGUCAGAAACAGCAGAGGAACGUGCUCUAAGAUUAUAUACAUCGGCUGAAAGAAUGAAGAACGCUAGAGCAAAGGAAACUGAAGAACAAGCUGCUCUAAGAAGGAUGCAAGAAGCUCAGAGAAUGGCCAGGCAUCGUGCUAAGAAGAAGCGUUGUCUUGAUGAAAAUCUAGCUAGGGAGAUAUCUAAAAUUGCAGAACUCUCUAAAAUGCCAGAUGCAGCAACGAUCGCUCAAAUGUCUGAAAUGAAUAUGAAUAAAAUAUCUGCAGAAUUGAAGCAGAUGAUGGAAAGAGGAAAAGUUCCAGAACAUAUAGUACAGAUGGCUCAACUUGCGGAAUUUAGUAAAAUGACUGAAUUAAACAAAAUGUCUCAAGAUAUGGCGAAGAGAUACGAAAUGGAAAAGAUGGCAGAAUACGCUAAAACGACGGAAUAUGUAAAAAUGCAAGAAAUUGCCAAAAUGUCAGAGAUAGCUAAAAUGAAUGAAAUGGUUAAAUUGUCAGAAAUGGCUAAGUACAAUGACAUAACGAAAAUAAGUGAGAUUGCCAAAAUGAAUGAAAUGAUCAAAAUGUCUCAAAUGGCAAAGAUUAAUGAGGCACAAAGAAUGAACGAAAUAGCAAAAUUAAAUGAAAUGGUAAAAAUGACAGAGAUGGCUAAAUAUAAUAACGAUAUAACGAAACUCAACGAGAUCGCUCAAAUUAAUGAAAUGGCUAAAGAGAUAGCAAAAAUGAAUGAAAAAACUAAAAUGAAUGAAAUGAUCAAAAUGGCAAAUAUACAGAAUGAUAUAGCAAAAAUGCCAGAGUACUCGAAAAUAGCCGAAAUGGCUAAAUUAACAGAGUUAGCUAAGCUUAAUGAAAUAACAAUAACAAAAUUAAACGAUCCUCCUCCACCCAAAGUAGCAGAAAUUCCAAGAAUUCCUGAACCUGUGAUUACUGUGCCAAAUCCAAGGAAUUUGCAAAACGUUCAAACUGUUCAAGUAGCACAGGCUAGCCCAUCUAGUACGAUAAAUUUUCCGACUGUGCCUGGUCAGGGUAAAUAUGCCCAGCUACUGGUUAUUAUCGAAGAACUCGGUAGAGACAUUCGCCUCUCGUAUGCAGGAAGCCGUAGUGCCGCGGAACGUCUGAAAAUGGGUAUACAGCAUGCACGGAUUCUCGUACGAGAAUGUUUGUUAGAAACAGAACAUAACGCGCGACAAUGAUCUGUCGAUGAACUUAGCCGCUAGAUUUUUAGCAGAUUAUUUUCCAAGAUGAUAUGUAUGAUCUAUCGAAUGCAGCAGAUUAUUGUCUUUGUUCAAACAAAAAAGUUUACAAAUUACAAGAAAUAUAUCUGCUGCUAUGUAUAUUAUGCCAUCUUGCCGAUAUAAGCUUAGUACCACUUUGACAAUGAAUCAAAAUACAUUAUAAUGGACUGCUUGUUUAAAAAUAUUAUGCAAUCUGAUAAAUACUUGUAAUGUAUUUGGUAUAUUAGAUUGUCAAAGAAAAGAAGUUUUAAGCCAGUGGUAUUUAAGGCUUAAUUAAUACAUAUUAUUACUAUUAUUAUUAUUAUUAUUAUUAUUAUUAUUAUUAUAAUUAUUAUAAUAAUUAUUAUUAUUAUUGAAUUGGUUAUUUCAUUGUUUAACUGCACUUAAUUAUCUUCAAGUGCAGUUAUAUACAUAUUUUUAUAUGUAUAUAUAUAUGACAUAUAAUUAUAUCAUGCGUAUAUGUAUAUAUACAUCUACAUUAUGAAUUUUUAAAUAGGGGAAAAGAUUGUUUUAAAAUUUUUUUUUGUUUUAUAAAAGAUCGUAUGUUUUUGAUGUUUGGGUCUCAUACGAUAGAAAAAUCUAUAAAUAAUCCUUAGACUUGACUAAGUUCUAAUGUAGAACAUAGAGUAUAUCAAACUAGAAACAAUGUGUACACUGAAGAGUCUUCUCACUUAUAUUUUAUAUAUAAAAAAUAUUUUAUUGCAAUUUUGGUUAAUACGACGGGUAUACAAUAAUUACUUAUAGUAUACGUAUGAGAAGAAAAUUGAUCAAACAAAAAUGUACCUACGAGAAAUAUAAUCCCUGGACAUAAAUAUGAGGUAUUGCUCAAUAAAGUCUCAGUUUUUUUAAAA